UCUGCCGCCCUAGCAGACCAAUCAAUGGGGCUGGCGCACGUGGCGUCCUCUAUCGAGACCUAAACAAAGUUUGUUAAUCGCCACCGGGAAAUUUAUUCGCAUAGGACGACUGCAUGAGGGUGCUGCUGGUAAAAACGUAGGGCAGGGCUUGGAAGAGGGGAAGGGAACGAACAGGAAAAUGGUGCAGCAAGCGUAUUACUGGCUGCUUAUAUUACUAGGAGUUUCAGGAUAUACCUGCGGGCAGUUAUUUGAGCAUAAACAUGAAGGAAAGUUCCCUGUGAUUUUCAACUUGGCUACGGAAGCAGAUAUUACCAGUAAUGCCACAUGUGGAGAAACGGGCCCAGAGACCUACUGCAAGCUGGUGGAACAUGUCAAGCAGCUUAUGAUGAAGAAUUACCAAUGUGGGAUAUGCGAUGCUAAUGGUGAUUUGCCAUACCAGCGUCAUCCUAUUCAGAAUGCCAUUGAUGGUUCAAAUCGGUGGUGGCAGAGUCCAAGUUUAGCCAAUGGAUGGCAGUAUGAUUGGGUGACCAUUACACUGGACCUUGGCCAGGCUUUUCAAAUUGCUUAUGUGAUAGUAAAAGCUGCCAACUCCCCCCGCCCAGCAAACUGGAUCCUAGAGAGAUCAGUGGAUGGAAUCACAUUUACACCUUGGCAAUACUUUGCUCUCAGUGAUGGAGAGUGCUGGAAUGCCUUUGGGGUCCCCCCUACAGUGGGAAGACCACGCUACAGGAGGGAUGAUGAAGUUAUCUGUACUUCAUUCUAUUCCAGGCUGGAUCCCAUUGAGAAUGGAGAGAUCCACACCUCAUUGGUAAAUGGGCGCCCAGGAGCUGUGAAUGGACCAAGUGACUUAUUACUGGAAUUCACCACUGCCCGUUUCUUGCGCCUAAGACUGCAGAAGAUUAGAACAUUGAAUGCUGACCUGAUGACUAUUAGAACAAGCAACCCAGACAAAAUAGAUAAAGCUGUCACUAGGAGGUAUUUCUAUUCCAUCAAAGAUAUUUCUAUUGGAGGACAGUGUAAAUGCUAUGGGCAUGCCAGCAGUUGUCCAAGGAGUCCUGACACAGGGAAACUGAUGUGUGUCUGUGAGGACAACACAUGUGGGAAGAACUGUGAGAAAUGUUGUCCAAAAUUCAACCAGCAGCCAUACAAACCUGGCACCUACAGGCAGAGGUCACUUUGUGAGGAAUGUCAGUGUUUUGGUCAUUCUGAUGAAUGCUAUUACAACCAGACUGUUGCUGACAACAGGCAGAGUCAGAACAUAGCAGGGGAGAAGAAUGGUGGAGGGGUCUGUAUGAACUGCAGGGACCAUACAACAGGAGUGAACUGUGAGCAGUGUGAAGCUGGUUAUUACAGGACCACUGAUGAUCCCCGUGAACCCUGUCAGCCAUGUCAGUGUAGCCAGCUGGGGUCUACAGGAACCUGUGUACAGGAUAAUUCUAGAAGAGGAGAGGGAUUGAUGCCUGGUGAUUGUAUCUGCCGUGUUGGUUUUGGUGGCAGGAACUGUGACCGCUGUGCAUCAGGAUACAAGAACUUUCCCUCAUGUAUUCCAUGUCCCUGCAGUCGGGCAGGCAGUCGUAAUGUGGACACCUGUCAGGGAGACUGUAUUUGUAAGCCUAAUGUAGUUGGAGAGAACUGUGACCAGUGUAAACCUGGAUUCUUCAACAUGGAGGCCAGCAAUCCUGCAGGCUGCAUGCAGUGUUUCUGCUUUGGUAUCUCACAGAACUGUCGAAGUGCUGGAUGGGGACAGUCACAAAUUUCCAGUCUGGAAGGCUGGAGAGUGACAGAUUUGAGAGGAAAGAAAUAUGUUGUCCCCAGUCUAGAAAAUGGUCGCCUGACAGUUGAUCAUGAUAAUACAGAAGUUGCAGGACUGAAUCCAGUGUAUUAUUGGCAUGCUCCAGCCCCAUAUGCUGGCAGCAAGGCUAACUUUCUUGGUAACAAGCUUGCCUCCUAUGGUGGUAACUUGACCUAUUCCAUGUACUAUGUGGUCCAGCGAUUAGAAGAUGUUAACACAGCAUACACUGCAGACUUGGAUGUAAUAAUGGAAGGAAAUGAGCUGCUGAUUGGCUAUGGAGGCCGGUACUACAGGGAAGGACUGGAGAACACUAUGCAAGUCUUCUUGACAGAACGGGACUGGUAUCACGUUGAUCCUGACACAGGGUUACCAAAGCAACAGAUUGUUACCAGACAAGAAUUCAUGACUGUGUUGGCCAACAUUGAGCGCCUCCUGAUACGAGCAUCCUAUCACAUCCACCAGACACAGAUUCAAUUUCUUGAUAUGGCCAUGGAUGUGGCUGUGGAGAACUCUACCUCACCCUCUAUCAUGUCCUCUGUAGAACAGUGUUUUUGUCCUAGAGGAUACUCAGGCUUGUCUUGUGAGUUGACAGAGACUGGAGAGAAACAUAUUGGGAAUAUGAGUCAGGUGUGUGAGCGUGGACACCGUCGUGUGAACGACGUGCUGUAUGGUGGAAUUUGUGAGCAGUGUAAUUGUAAUAACCAUGCUGAUACCUGUGAGGCUUCUAGUGGGCUCUGCACUAGUUGCAGAGACAAUACUGUAGGACCACAUUGUGAGAAUUGUGAAUUUGGUUAUUAUGGCAAUGCUACUAGAGGCACUCCCAAUGAUUGCAGACCAUGUGCUUGUCCUUUGGCAAUCAGCACCAAUAACUUUGCAUCGAACUGUAUGGCAGCUCCCCCUGGCUCUCAGGAAGAGUACUUCUGUGUGUCUUGCCCUGAUGGCUAUAUUGGAAACCAUUGUGAAAUGUGUGAUGAUGGUUACUUUGGUAACCCCUUGGUCCCAGGCAACUAUUGUCAGCCUUGUGCUUGCAGUGGUAACAUCAACCCCAAUGCGGUAGGCAACUGUGAUCGUACGACAGGACAGUGCCUCAAAUGCCUCUUUAAUACUGAAGGCUGGAACUGUGCACAAUGUAAACCAGACUAUUAUGGGAUGGUGUAUGGAAAGGGAUGUAAAGAGUGUGACUGUAACCAGUAUGGGUCUACAGGUACCUCCUGUGAUCAGAGGUCAGGCCAGUGUUCCUGCAGACCAUACUAUGAAGGCAGGGCAUGUGACUCUUGUGUGGCUGGCUAUGGUAACAUUAUAGCAGGUUGUCCUAGGUGUAGCUGUAACUUGACUGGGUCUGUGUCCAACCUGUGUGACCAAGUCAGUGGACAGUGUCCUUGUAAAAAUGGUGUGGGUGGUCAGUACUGUGGCUCAUGUCUGCCUGACCACUGGGAGUAUUCUGAGGAAGGGUGCAAAGCCUGUAAUUGUCACCUGAAAGGUUCUAAUGACAGCCAGUGUGACUUGGUGACAGGGACAUGUACCUGUCAACCUAAUGUGAUAGGAGACAAAUGUGACCAGUGUGAGAUCAACUACUAUGACUUAGACUCUGGCAAUGGCUGUCAAUCAUGUGACUGUGAUGUGACAGGUUCCACCUCACUGCAGUGUGGCAUGACCAGUGGUCAGUGCCCCUGUAAGCCAGGAGUGACUGGACAGAAAUGUGACCAGUGUAGACCAGGAUACUAUGGAUUCUCUUCAAAUGGCUGCACAGAAUGUCCUGUGUGCCCUGUGGCUGGGCAGGUGUGUGAUGCAGUGACAGGAGAGUGUGUGUGUCCCACCAAUACUGAGGGUGACAGGUGUGAGCGCUGUGUGCCAGACACCUGGGGACAUGAUCAGCUGUUAGGAUGUAAGCAAUGCAACUGUAACAUGACUGGUUCCCUGGACACUCAGUGUGACACUGUGGAUGGUCAAUGUGAGUGCAGACCAGAGUAUGAUGGCAUGAAAUGUGACAUGUGUCGCUUUGGCCAUUUUGGAUUCCCUAACUGCCGUCCUUGUCACUGUAAUGAGAAUGGAACCGUCAUGUCUGACUGUAAUGCCAAAGGUCACUGUCAGUGCCAAGAAGAUGGACAGUGUCCUUGCAGGGGGAAUGUUGAGGGUUUGAAGUGCAAACACUGCAAAGAAGGCAGCUUCAGUCUGCAGUCCAACAACCCUGAAGGCUGUACUUCCUGCUUCUGUUUUGGAAAGUCAAACAUUUGUGAACAAGCUCAGCUCACAUGGAACAUGACUGAAAUGCCUACAAGGAGUGUAAGAGUGCAACUUGAUGGUGUGUCAGUGACCACAAUUGAACCAGCCCUUCAUGUAAUCCCUCCAGAUGCAGAUGCCAUCUUUGUCACUUCACCUGAUGAGGAGCGCCCUCUAUACUGGAGUGCACCCAGGAAGUUCCUGGGUGAUAAGACCUUGUCUUACUAUGGCAAGCUGAAGUUUGUGAUCUACUUUGAAGAUCAAGAUUCCCUGAACACACUCCCUAUCCCCAUAGUAGACCAUUCUGAGUACAGAAGAUUCCCACUUGUCCGUAUUACUGGGAAUUUCCGUGUGGUCCUGGACUACUUUGCUCCAUUGACUCCUGGAGUGGAGAAUGAGUUUGAGAUUUUUCUGAGAGAGGACCAGUGGACAGACCCCCUCCAGCCCAGCAAGCCAGUCACCAGAGAGAUGUUAAUGGUGGGACUGCAGAAUUUACAGAGCAUCAAGAUACGAGCAUCAGGGAAUUCUAAUCUCAAAUAUGCUGAGAUCCGUGGGUUGAGUCUGCAGCAUGCCACCAAUGCCAGUGCAGGAGAGGCUGCUCUGGGUGUGGAGAGGUGCCAAUGUCCACCUGAGUAUGCAGGACAUUCUUGUCAGGAUCCAGCCCCUGGCUACUUUCGUUUCUUCCCAUCCAGUAACCUUGAGGAGCCUGAGCUUAUCAAGCUGUUAGGAAUCAGCAAACCCUGUGAGUGUCAUGGCCACAGUGACAUGUGCAAUAAGGAGACUGGAGUCUGCUUGAACUGUGCUCACAACACAGCAGGUGACCACUGUAAUACUUGUGCUGAAGGUUACUAUGGAAAUGCCACAUCAGGGCGAGAGGAUGCCUGUCAACCAUGUGGAUGUCCCAGACUGGAACCACAGAAUAAUUUCAGUCCCACCUGUGUGACCAAUGCCACAGCCGAUGGAUAUGUGUGUAAUGCCUGUCCAAGGGGAUAUGAAGGAGAUCACUGUGAACGAUGUUCUGACUAUUUCUAUGGUGAUCCUACCAAGCUGGGUGGGGAAUGUGUACCAUGUGACUGCAGUGAAGAUGGUUCAUUGGACAAUCUUUGUGACAGGGAGAGUGGCCAGUGUAUCUGUCACCCUGGGGUACUGGGCAGGGCCUGUGACCAGUGUCAGCCUAGAUAUGCUGUUGUUAAUGGAAGAUGUAAAUCAUGUGAUGUUGGCUGUACCAGAGACUUAAUGGUGGCAGUAGAUGAGAUGGAGGUGAUGGUCAGAGGGGUCAACACGUCCACCAUGGUGGUAAUUCCAUGGGAGAGAUUCUUUGCCAUGGAGAACAAGACCCAGGUUCUUAGGGGCAAAUUGGAUGCUAUAAGGAAAGUCAAAGUGGGAGAUAUGGAGGUCAUUGUUAAAGAGCUUCAGGCCAAUGCCACCAAGUUAUAUACUCAGACUUCCAGUAUGGCAAAUGAUGCAAUGGGUUAUAGCAUGGUGGCAUCAAACCUAAGCAAAACUGCAGAUGGUAUGGAGAAAGAGAUCAGAGAGAUAAUAACUUCAGCCAGAGAUCUCCUAGACAACCUCCCAGAUGUACAUCAGUUGUCUGGUAAUGUCAACCUGACCUCAGUAAUGAUGAAGGCCCAGGACAUAAUGAAGAUGAUCAGAGAGAGGGAUUUCAAACCUAAUAUUGAGAAUGCUGAUAAUGAGUUGGAAUUGGCCAAGGCACUCAAGUCCAGUAUAAGUGACCUCCAGUCCAAGCUGACCAAUGUGACUGAUGCUGCCAUUAGCAUCCAGGAGCUGGCUGACCGAUUGAAUGAUCUUAUCAGCCUUGCAGAGCAAUCAGCCAAGGAUUCUAGAGCAGCUCUGGAGCUUAACCAGAAAAAUGAUGAACUGAUUAAAAAACUGCAGAACAUGACCCAGGCUCUCCAGACCAGAGCUCUGGCUGUUUCUUCUAUGUUGAACAUGUCUUCAGAGAUGUUGAAAGAAGCCAACAUGACAUUACCAAACAGUAGUGCUGAAUUCCUCAGGGACUUGCUUGAGCAGCUGAAAAAGGACACUGAAAACCUGACCAUAGCUGCUGGACUUCUGAGGCAAAAUCUUCCAAAUCUAGAGCCAAAAGUGAGGCAAGCAGAGGAACUGGCAGAGAAGCUGAGAAUGCAAGCAGAUAACUUAGACAACAUGUUUCAGGGUGCUCGUGCCACCUCAGAAGAUGCAGUUAAAGCUGCUCAGGUGUAUGAAGGCAUAGUAGUGGCUGUGGAUGAUGCUUUGAAAGAGGCACAGAGUGCACAUGAUUUGGCCUCAGAGGCCAUGAAUAAGACUACCACAGCAGAUGGCAGCACAUUGCAAGAGAAAGCCAAAAAGUCAGCCAACACAAGCUUGGACUUUGUGAAUGAAGCCAACAGACUGGUCAAUAGCAGCAAAGACCUCAAAGACCUUCUGGGCAGCAUUGACAAGGAUAUUGACCAGGCCAAUAAGAGAAUGGAUGAAGUGGACAGUGCCAAAGAACGUCUGACAGAAGGUAUGGACAGGCUUCCUGCAGGAAUACAUGAGAAACUCAUUGAGGCUAAUGAUAAUGCGACUGGAGCCCUGGAAAAGGCAAUGAAUACUGUGACAAGUGUUGACUCUAUUCAAGAAGGAUUAGACAAUGACCUCAAACCAAAACUUGAUGUUGUGAAAGUGAAUACCAAGGAAUUGCAGGACUUGGAGACCAUGACUGGAACCAUGAUGGAGAUCAACAAUAAUCUUGAUGGUAUUCGUGAUGUGAACCGCUCUAUCCACACCACUCUGGGAGCUCUGAACAGACUCAACAUGUCACUGUCACAGAGCCUGGAGGAGCUCAGGGAAAGCAUACAGAAGGCUAGGGAACAGGCCAAUAAUAUAAAAGUCUCCCUGGCAGCCGGUGGUAGUUGUCACCGUGAGUACAGGACAGAGGAGCUGAAGCCCAGCACUACCAACACCAUCAGUUUCAACUUCAAGACCAACAACACAGAGAAGGACAUGUUGCUCUUCUAUGUGCAGGGAGAAGAAAAACCUGAGUUCAUGGCAGUGGAGAUAGUGGAAAGAAAGCUCCGGUUUGUUUGGAACAGUGGUGGGGGUGUGGCCAUGGCAAAUCACAGCCUACAGAUAGAGAGUGAGGAAACUUCAAUACAACCGGAUGAGAAAUGGUACAGUGUCAUUGCUAGAAGAACUGCCAAUGUUGGUACUUUGGCUGUUCAGAAGAUCAAGUUUGCAGGAAAUGAUGAUCCUGCUCUAGCCAGCAGCUCAUCGUCUGCUCAGUUCACAAAACUUGACCUAAAUGACAGGGCAAAGUUAUAUGUGGCUGGUGCUCCCCAGGGAACUGUGGAGCGUGAUCCUGCCCUGAAAGGAGGAAUGUUUGUUGGCUGUAUUGCUGAUGUCACACUGGAUGGCCGUGUGAUUGGGCUGCACAAUUUCAACCAGUCAUUUGGAGAGUGUGGCAUGUGCACAGAAAGUCCAACACCAGUGGCUCCUAAGGAUAUAUCCCAGUUUGAUGGUACAGGCUAUGCAGAGGUGCCUCCUAUACAGCGCUAUGACUCCACAGGUUAUCUGGCUCUGUUUGAAUUCCGCACCUUCUGGGAGGAUGCCCUUCUAUUCUUUUCUGGCAACAAGGCUAAUGGAGAGUAUAUUGCUGUUGAACUAGUGAAUGGCAAGGUUGUGUUCAGUGUCAACUUUGGAGGUGGUAAUAACAUCUCCAUUGAGAGCAGAGAGAAAUAUAACACUAACCAGUGGAUGACAGUAAAGGCUGAGACACAGGGAAAUGCAGGUCAGCUUGAAGUGACCACCAGUGAAGGCAGAGAAGAGUUGAAGAGAGCUCAGGCCACUGCAAGUGGAGAGGACAGUCUGGACAUCAGUAACGCCAGUGUGUACUUUGGAGGAAUACCUUCUACAUCAAAGUUUGACAGCUUCCCUCUGUCUGUGCGUACUCCAUUCCUAGGCUGUAUGAAGGGCAUACAGGUGACGGCAGGAGGCAAUGCUCUACCACUGUACAAGGGACUCAGUAUAGGAAUGACUCUAGGAUGCAGGGAAAAUAAAACCCGUGUGGCAGGUUUCCAUGGUGAUGGCUAUAUUCAACUGACAGGGGAUAGUCUUCCAGGAAGAGAGGCAGAUAUUUCCUUUUCUUUCCGCUCACUUCAAGACAUUGCACUUCUGUUACUGGGACUUGGAGGGCAGGCUGACCCUCACUUCUACUCAGUGUCCCUCAUAGAUGGUAAGCUCCAGGCCAAGUUUGAUGCUGGGGAUGGAGAAGUCACCAUUACCUCUGAUGAUACUUUCAAUGAUGGCAUGUUGCAUGGAGUGUCCAUAAUCAGGAAUAGGAGAAAAUUGGACAUGUUUGUUGAUGAUUUACCAGUCGGAACAGAGAGACUGAGUAAGGGCAGUAAGGUGGAGAUCAGUAGCCUCUAUCUGGGUGGUGUCCCAGCUGACCUUGACAUUGCUUCAGCAUCAGCUACCAGCCAACCUUUGCAAGGAUGUAUUAGAGAUUUGGUUCUGAAUGGAAAAUUAGUUCAACUAGACCAACCUGUCUCAUACCAGAGGGCAGAUAUUGGAAGAUGUUCAGAAAACAUAUUCUCAUUACCUCUCCCAAAUGUAACCACAACAACAUCAACAACUUCUGCAACAACAAAGCCAAUCCCUAUAAAAGAUACAACUACAACAACUGUAUCCACAACUACAACUAUGAGUACAAGUACCACCACGAUGUCCACUACAACAGCAGAGCCAGAGGAGUGUGCCUAUGAGCCAGAGCCAGAGAUAGAACCUGAGGCAGCUGCAUUUGGUGAUGUGAGGAAUAGUCACAGUGAGAUACUGGUGGACAGAGAUGAGAUCAGCUCCAAUUUUGACAUCAUGCUGGAGUUCCGCACCUACUAUCCUAAUGGGCUCCUGGUCUACCUUAGUAAUGAAGACCAGUCAGAAUAUGUUGCCAUCCAAAUGGCUGGCGGCACUGUGAUGACAUCAUAUGCAGACCAGAAAACUGGUGUUCCAGUCAACUUGACAGAGGGAGCCACUGUACUGGUGGAUGAUGGGAAGUGGCACAAGAUUCGACUAAUGAAGUCAGCAAAUAACAUAAUCUUCAAAGUGGAUGAAGGCCCAGACAUUGUGGGGCGUAUAGCAAACAAGAUUGAUGUGCUUGCUCCUAUGUAUGUUGGUGGAUUGCCACGAGGAUACAACAUGAGGAUGGGUCUGGUUCCAGACAGUUUGAAGGGCUGUGUACGAGGGUUCCGCCUGAACAGCCAGAAGGUUGAUCUCAUCCAGAGCAAGGCUAUCAUGGGUGUUAGUACUUGUAACAAGUACUAUGAGAAGGGGGUCUACUUCAGUGGUUAUGCUUAUGGUAUAUAUGAUUCUAACUUUGUGGUCGGUUCCAAUUUUUUGCUGACCUUUGAUUUCCGCACCACCAAGCCUGAGGGUGUAAUCUUAACAAUAAGUCAUCCCUAUAGACGACCCUCCAUGGCACUGGAACUGUUUGAUGGGCAGCUGCAAUUUACAGUAAACAAUGAGGAUGGCUUAAUCUUCUCUAUGACUGAAUAUGAAAAUCCAUUCCGACUGUGCAAUAAUAAAUGGCACACAGUAAGAGCAGAAUUGGUUAAAAACACCAUAAUGCUAACUGUAGAUGGGGUUGAACAGCUGUCAGAGACAGGGGGCUCAGAAUUCCUAGCCACAGAUCAUCCUCUCUUUAUUGGAGGCUACCCAUAUUAUGCUGAACCACAGGGUGCAGCACAGGCAAAUGAGAAAUUCCAAGGCUGUAUACGGAACAUGAAGAUUAAUGGAGCUGAAGUGGACUGGUCAAGCAGUAAGGUCUUGACAGUGGAUGUUAAAAUUGGUUACUGUCCUGGUACCAAAUAAUAAAUAGCUGUUUUUAUAGGUUUCAUUUUUUUUCACAUUUAAAUUAUAUUGAUAAUUCUGAGACCAGACUAUAUGGAUUUGGAUUUACAGCAUAGACUGCAAUAAAUUCCGAAGAUAUCCUUUCAGUUUUAUGAUUAGUGUGAGAUAUUCAAAGGGUAUGCAUCAUUUAUUGUUUUUUUCAAUUGAGAAGUACUGCUGCCUUUGCCAACAAUUUUUUGUACAAGAUGACUUUAUGGUCAAGUUGUACAUAUUAAUUGUGAGCAUGAUGGAUAUUUUAAGAUGAUCUAAGAUUGCAUUUACCAUUCAUUGAAAAAAUAUGAAAAAGUGCACCUUUAGUAAAAUCUUUGGGAAAAAUUAUUAAAUGGACAAUGUAGUAUCAUGGUUCAUCUUUUUUCAUUUUUUUCAUUAAAACUGUAUGAAAUGUCUUAUAUGGUGGAUCUACCUCAAUUGUUUAGGUUUCGAAGCUAAGCUGGGACCCUUUUUUUGUUUUCUGUCCUGCUUAAAGAUAUGGAAAGUAUUUAUAUUAUUGACAAUAGACAGAGUUACUAUAGUAGUUUUGUAAUAUUAAAGCAAGGUAAUAAUGCAAUUGAAACUUGGCAUUCUUUAUGAGCAUAGUUAAGUUAUUGUCUUUGUUGUUUUAUGUCAGAUAGUUGUUGUCAGAUGAUUUUCCAUAUAUCUAUGUUAAUGGCCAAGUCAGAACUAUGUGAAUGGUAGAAUUAACCAAGAAAUGAAUGCGGGAGCUUUGCUUAGUUUUUUUUUUUUUUUUUUUUUUUUUUGCUUUUGACUUUUUCAAAGUUGAAUGAUCAAACAAAAAAGAUUCUGAAACCAAAAUCUCACACAGUUAGAUUGUAAUAUUAGGUGAUAGAAACUGUUAUUUAUAUUGUUGAGCUGCAUCACUGCCAAGCAUUUCAAUCUUAUACUUUUUGACUAUUAGAAACCUGUUUAUUUUCAUAUAUGUAUGUAUUAUAGCUGUUAGAUGCUAUGUGCAGUUACAAUCCUUUGAUAACACUAUUAUAGUCUUGUGUAAGUGCUUCAGGUUUAGAUAUUAUGUGAGCUUUUUGAUUACAAAUAAUUCAUUUUUUAAAAUAUUCUAGUGGUUUGAAACAAAAUAAUAAAUAUUUUACAAUAUUAUAAUAACUGAACUAAUUUAAACAAGAAUAUGUCCUGAAUUGGUUUGAUACAUAUUUGUUAUUGCCAGAACAUUGUUUAUCAAUGGUUUAUAAACUGAAGAUCUUGUCUUUAAGUAUCAUUUAUGUAAAUUAUGACUUGUUCAACAAUGUAUUUUGUUUUGUCUCAAGUGUUAGUUAACAUUAUGUUAUGUAGAAGUCUUUUAUUUAACUUUUAAAAAUAUAGAACAAAUACAUACAUAGCUAGCAUUUACACAUGUGUAUAUGUAAAUAUUACUUUAGAUAUGAUUAAUAAGUUUGUUAAUUUUAUGAGGCUACAAAUCCCUUGCCAACUAUGGCGUUGCAACUUUUCAUGUGCAUUACUGCAGUUGGCUUUUAGAUGUUAAAUUAAUUAUUGCUUACAAAAGAACAAAUGUAUUUGAGAGGUUUGAAAAAAUUUACCUUUUUGUCAUUAUUAUUAUUUUCAUAAUUCAAUUUUUAUUAGCCUGACUCUCCAUUACUCAAUUAAUACUCAGUAUUUAUAUACCGACCACUGACAGUCAACUCAGGAAUUGUCAUUCACUUAUAUAAUGCUAUUAACAAAUUAAUUAAUUAACACUUCAAUGUGCAAUCAUAAGAUUUUUAUUAUACUCUGAAUGAGAAAUGUGUUUCUUGGUCAAUUAAAGAAUGUCAUACUUCUCA